AUGGAAAAGCAUAAACAGCUGUGGUGCUACCUUUCUACUGCGAAAUCAUUUUAUGAGCAUCUAUGUAUAUGUGUGUCCGUUCGUCUGUCUGUCUGUCUGCGUGUCUGUCUUUCUGCUUAUACAUCUUCUAUGCGCAGUAUAUAUUUGUCCAUCGUGGAAAUCAAUAUCUUAAGUGGACCCUAUCAAAGGACCAACGAUCAAGUUACAUUUAUUUAUAAUUUAUUUGGACCAAGACGAUCAUUGUUAUCAUCAUUAUCACCAUCAUCAUCAUCAUCAUCAUUAUCAUCAUCAUUAUCUAUCCUACACCUAUAUUGA